AUGAAUGUUGGCAAUAGCGAAAUCAUGAUUGAUCUUGUUCAAUAUAUGCGCAAAACUGCUGGCGCCCAAGCGGCUCUGCAAGAGCGCAAGAGAAAGGUUGCUCUACAAGGCAACGCCCAUGAAGGGUUCUUGAAAGAUUCAAAAUUCACUGCUGGGGGCAUCUUCAAGAGCGGCCAAGUCCAUCUGGGAGAAAAUGUGCUGGCAGCUCGCAGAGAGAUGGAGGCCAAGAAGAUGGAGGGAUCGCUGAACCCAAUUCGGAAAUCCAUUGAUGCUUUCCACAGUCGCAUGCAAAAGUAUGAAAAGCUCGAACUCGAUCGGCAAAAGCCCUACUCCAAACCAAUCACUGUGAAUCAACUUGCCAUAUGGUUCAGCGUUCGGAAGACGAAGGCAGACAAGAUCCCAAAGCGGAAGGAUCUCCAGAUUGCAUUGAUGGAAGAAUGGGCUGGUCGACCGAUCCUAACGCUCAAACAAUAUCUUCUUGAUCAAGGCAAAGAUGAGAUGUAUGUAAAUAUGGUCUUUGCAGAAAGAGCCAGCAUCGCAGCAGAAGCAGAAGCUGUUGUAGAGGAAGGAUCUGAUGGGGAUGGAUUGUUGGCUGAUCGUCGUCUUGAUAUGACUGCAGUUGCAAUUGCAAAUGAUAGUGAGAAUUCCAUGAUGGUUGAGCUCUGA